CUGUGGUUCGUGUUUCUUCUCUAUUCAUCAGUUCAGCUGUUGAACUGGUAUUGAAUGGUUAUUGGUUGACUUUGUAACGUAACCUCACAUUGACGGAAAGUAGGCACUAGACACACACGACAGUGGACACACCUUCAAGAAGUUUAGGUAAGGAGGAAGGGGAUAAGACGUUAGGAGUUUGUACAUGCCUAGAAAUUAGAAGUAUUUUGUCCAUUCGGCGAAUCCCACUUUCAACUCUUGAAGACGACGGUUGAUUUAACUCCGCCUUUGCCUAAAUGAACAAGAAAUGGCAGCUACAACAUUUGAUGUGGGAUUAUUAAACAAUGAUUUUAAAUCUAAAAAAAAAGAAGAUUUAUUGGACAACAAAGAAAAUUUGUGGUCAAGUAUCCUAGCGCAAGUACAAAAUAGUAGCAAUAAUAAAUUACCAACAAAUAAAAAUGUACUAGUUUUAGGUGAUAAUGAAAGUGGAAAAACAACACUUAUCGCUAAACUUCAGGGCGUGGAGGACCCAAAGAAAGGAUCUGGCCUAGAGUACGCUUAUAUAGAUGUUCGAGACGAAUACAGAGAUGAUCAAACAAGAUUAUCAGUGUGGGUGUUAGAUGGUGAGCCUGGGCAUUCAAAUUUAUUAAAAUUUGCUUUAAACGCUGAUCGAUUUCCGAAUACUUUGGUUAUGUUGGUUUCUGCCAUGACUACACCAUGGGCGAUAUUGGAUCAGUUACAGUUUUGGUCCAGGAUCCUGGGUGAUCAUAUCGAUAAACUUGCAUCUGAACAUGAUUCGUUUAAACAAGUUUGGCAAGAGUGUCGGACGCAAAUUACAAAAAAAUGGCAAGACUAUACCGAGCCUGGUGAUGAUCUUGAUCCAGGAAGUCCAUUAAGGCGAACCAGUCGUAAUUUAGAUGAUGAAUCGGUGGAUAAUUUACCUCUACCCGAAGGAGUAUUAACAACAAAUUUAGGACUAGAUGUAGUUGUUGUAAUUACAAAAACCGAUUACAUGACAACUUUGGAAAAACAACACGAUUACAGGGACGAGCACUUCGAUUUUAUGCAACAGUGGAUUAGAAAAUUUUGUCUACAAUAUGGUGCAGGUCUUUUUUAUACAUCUGUCAAAGAGGAUAAAAAUUGUGAUUUGCUGUAUAAAUAUUUAACACAUAGAAUUUACAGUUUACCUUUUAGAACACCUGCCUUAGUUGUAGAAAAAGAUGCUGUUCUUAUUCCAGCCGGUUGGGAUAAUAUUAAAAAAAUUAGUAUUCUUCAUGAAAAUUUACAAUCGAUGAAGCCCGAAGAUUAUUAUCGAGAUGUAAUUAUCCAACCCACUACAAAUAGAAAGAAUGUAACGCGUCGAACUGAAAUUCAAGCAGAAGAUGAACAAGUCUUUCUAGCUAGACAACAAGAAACUUUAAUGGGAUUAAAAGAUCCUUCUCGUUCACCAUCGACAAGGAAUCAGGCAAGCACGGGCCCAAUUAUUCAGGUUGCAUCGCCAAACAAGAAGUUGGAUCCAAAAGCUACUGGUGAAGGUGUACUCGCGAACUUCUUCAAUUCACUUUUGCACAAAAAAACAGGUUUCCCUAGUAAUCCAAGUUCACCAGGUAGUCCGGGAUUAAGUCCCAUUAAAAGCGGUAACUAUGCAUUAAUUUGAUCUAUAUUCAAUAUUUUUGCA